CGGCAGCUAGGUUUGGACGCGGUUUCGCUCCGGAGGAAAAACCACGCGUCGUACACGAAAAAUCAAAAAUGUGACACUUUUCGUCUGAAAAAUAAUUUGUGAUCGAGCAACUUUUCCAAUUACGAAGUGCUGAAAGUCUCUUUUUGAUGGCUCCGCACUAGCACAAUGCCCCCGUCGCCGCCGGACGACCGCAUCUCCAUCGAAUGCACCGAAAACUCCACUCUAACAUCAUCAUGCAACCGCACGGCCACUUUUUUCUUCUCCUGCAUCGACUCCAGCCCAACUUUCGUCGACUUCUACUGCGAGUUCGACUCCCUCAACACAACUCUCUGCAGGUCUUGUGAUUUGAACUCAACCCUGGAGUUAGUGACCAACUUCACGACUGACCUCACUGUCUCCGAUUUUAUUUUACGCGUCGUCUCGAAUUACUCCGAGUGCAGUUUGGUGAAUCGCAGUGGCGGUGGUGUGUUCUGGACUUGCGAAAAUGUCGCAAACGAUAAGGGGACGCAAUGGGGUGCGAAUUACGACUGGAGUUUUCUGUUCGUGGUGGUGUUUAUUUUGGCAGGAGGAUUGGGAAAUAUCCUGGUGUGUUUGGCGGUUAUUUUGGACAGGAGGUUGCAGAAUGUGACCAAUUACUUUCUGCUCUCGCUGGCCAUUGCCGACCUUUUGGUCAGUCUCUUCGUCAUGCCGUUGGGGGCCAUUCCCGGAUUCCUUGGUAAGUGGCCCUUUGGCGUCGCCUGGUGUACAGUGUAUGUCACGUGCGACGUCCUCGCCUGUUCUGCCUCCAUCAUGCACAUGUGCUUCAUCAGUCUUGGUCGUUAUCUCGGCAUCAGAAACCCUCUCAAGACGCGACACAGCACCACCACUCGGACGGUGGUAAUGAGGAUCUGUCUCGCUUGGUUGUUGUCGAUGUUGGUUUCGAGUUCGAUCACAGUUUUGGGCAUAAUCGACGCCCGGAACAUAAUGCCCGCCCCCGAUUCGUGCGUGAUCAACAACCGGGCCUUUUGGGUGUUCGGCUCGUUGGUCACUUUCUACGUCCCGAUGGUAAUAAUGGUGGUUUCGUACGCCCUCACCGUUCAACUCCUCCGCAAGAAGGCGCGUUUCGCCGCCGACCACCCCGAGAACGAGCAAUUCCGUCGUCUCGGCGGCCGUUUCGGUCCCAAAGACCGGACUCCGGCCAUGUGGAGGACAGCCGGUUCCGGGGAGAGGGCCGGGAAUAACAUCAGGAUUAGUUCGUCGCAUCAACAGCUCGCUUAUGCCAACGGCGGGAGUGGCACUGGGGCCGCUCCGGGCGCCCGGAAAGACCAAAGCACACAAACGCCGGAUAAUAUCGCCAGAGAGACGAGGAACUGUAAGUUGAGGUCGUUGAAGUUGCAACUCAAUAAUGUGCCGUCGAAUUUGUCAAACUUCAGACUCCUCGCGGGUCGUGUCAAACGCAAAACGAUGGCCGCUAACAGCGUCGCCACCGAGCAGAAGGCUUCCAAAGUGCUCGGUUUGGUGUUCUUCACGUUCGUCCUCUGUUGGGCACCUUUUUUCAUCCUCAAUAUCCUUUUCGCGGCUUGUCCCGACUGCGAUGUCCCCGAACACGUCGUCGUCGUGUGCCUCUGGCUGGGAUACGUCAGUUCCACCAUCAAUCCCAUCAUCUACACGGUGUUCAAUAAGACGUUCCGAGCGGCUUUUAUUCGACUUUUACUAUGCAGAUGUCACAGACUUUCCAGGCCGGUUAGGUAUAGGUCGGUCAACGAAAACCGCGGAGCUGCUAGUCUUUGCACUCCUUCGGCUCUUCCAUUGGCUAUAAGUCUUCAAGGGACUCCGCUGUUGACACCAGCAUCAACGGAAUCUUCCUAUGUGAGGACGCCGUCGACGAAUUUCCGCGAAAGAGACGAUUCUUACGACGAUCAUGACUGUUGAACUCGUUUGUGUUUAAUGUUACCUGAAUCUCUCUUCAAGUAGUCGAAUUUAAUUAACCAAAGAUGUGUUUCGAUGUUGUUUCAAACCAGUAGAAUAACUUGGAAUGGUACCAAAUGACAAUCUUUGAUACUUGCGACACAUUCCUCUACGAACUGUUUUUUCUUUGCAAGGAUCUGUCUCUUUCAAAGACAAAUCUUGUGAUGCUAGUAUGUAACAAAUCGGCCAGUUGCAAUCAGCAAUAAAUAGGUUAUAAACCGAAAUUAAUUUUUGUAAAACAAACAUUUCUCGAUGUG